GUUUUCAGUAACAGCUUAUUUUGUACGGAGAAGGACGUGUCGGCAAAAAAAAUAUGAUUAUUUUUGUUUUUUUAUCUCUAUUCGCCGUUACAGUUAAUUGCAUAUUUUAUGAUUCUUACACGGGUAAUGUUAUUAGUAAAGAUGAAGUGAAACAACACGACAAAGCGAAUAACACUUUUUGGUGUGUCGGAGAGUUCGAACCUUGUGACCCGAACGAAGGCCGACGGGUUGAUGGCUCCUGCAAUAAUCUCCAACACCCAACCAGAGGCGCCAGUCAUACUCCAUUCGUCAGAGUCCUACCAGCUGUUUACGAUAAAGAUUUUGAACCGAAAACGGCGAAAUCCGGAAAUGCUAUGCCCACUCCAAGGUAUUUAAGAACCAAUCUGUGGAGUGUGGGCAAGGUUUCCAGCCAAUUGUUUACUCAACUAGCGAUUCAUGAUUUCGUUUUCAUGUCUGCUGAUGUAGUGUCUCUUCAUGAUACAGUAAAAUAUAUUAUAUGGAAGCCAUAUUGCUGUACGGCCAAAGGAAAAACUGAUAGAGAUUGCGUACAGAAUAAAAUACCUGAUGAUGAUCCGGUGCACCGCUUCUCAGACAUCAGGUGUCUGAACAUGACGCGACCGGAGUCUUUCCAAUCCACUGGCUGUGUGAAAAAUGGAACAGUUCCAGAAAGGAUCACAUCAUCGACACCUCUGCUGGACCUUUCGAUGUUAUAUGGAAGCGAUCUGAAAUCGCUUUUGGCAAAAGGAAGACUAUUCAAAGGAGGCUUACUGAAGUAUGAGAUUUCGAAUGGAAGAAUCUGGCCUCCAAGCACCAAAUCUCAAAUUAACCUUUGCUUAUUAAACGACAAGCCUAGAGAAACAAGAUGUCAUGCAACACCCGAAGACGGUAGCAAUACACUUGCUAGUGUCAAUAUAAUGGCUGUUUGGUUUUGGAGGCACCACAAUUUCAUCGCGGAACAAUUGGCAAAGAUCAACCCGUGUUGGGAUGACAAUACGCUCUUUAAUACAGCGAGAGACAUAAAUAUCGCUGUAGCUAUACAGAUAUAUUUUUAUGAGCUGUUACCUCUUUUCUUGGGUCGUGACAAUUUGGUCAGAGAUGGUGUAUUAUCGUCUUCGUUUGGAUACAGAGAUGCGUACAAUCCUGAAAUACUACCACAAGUUUCGCUCGAGUACCCGUUCGUUUUGCGAUGGCUCCACAGCGUCCAGGAAGGCACCCUUAAAAUGUACGACACAAAGGGAUAUUAUCUCAAGCAGUAUCCGAUAGUGAACCUCACUUUGAGAACAGGCUUCUUCGAUGUGGACAAUAACAUAGAUUAUAUAACACAAGGAGCUUUCAGACAAGGCAGUGCUAAUAUUGACCAUACAGCUGAUCCUGAUAUCGUUGAUAUCGGCUUGGGUCCUCACCAAAGAGCAUCGGAUCUGAUGACAAACGACAUCUCCAAGAACAGAUAUUUUGGAUUCCAGCCUUACGUUAAAUACCACGAAUUUUGUUUCGGUAAAACGAUCAAAAAAUGGGGAGACCUGGAAGGAGUCAUUGACCCCGAGAGGAUCGAAAUACUCAGAGAUUUGUACGAAGAUGUUGAAGACAUGGACCUCUUGGCCGGUAUUUGGGUUGAGAGGCGCAUUAAAGGUGGUUUCGUGCCGCCAACCUUCUACUGCUUGGUAGUGGAACAGCUAGUCCGCAAUAUUGUAUCUGAUAGACAUUGGUACGAGAGCUCGGAAAGACCCAACGCCUUUAGUUUACAACAACUUUUCGAAAUAAGGAAAGCUAGUAUAGCUCGAAUCCUUUGUGAUGUUGCCGAUAAGGUCACCGAAAUACAGCCUCAAGCGUUCCUGAGACCACAUUCAAGAAACAGAAUAAGUCGCUGCGAGAAUAUUCCCAGCAUCGAUUUCGCAGCCUGGAAGGACUUCAAAUGCAACGAACAGUACACCUGGCAAUUAGUAAAUGAAUAGAACAUGUUUCUAUUCACUUAUGUUAACGAAUUCUAUCCUCACAUUAUAAUUUAGUUACUAGUGGUCCCGCGGUAGUCGAAAUUCGACUAUAAUUAAUUGAAAUUAUAAGUUUGAACAUUAUUAAGGUUCUAUUGUCAAAGAUACUUCUUUAUUCACAGAUUUCGCCAAGACCACACUAUAGACAAAUAAUAUGAAAGAUAAAACAAUAUUAGCCUAUUCUCAAUUUGACCACAGACUUUAAGCUAUAACAAAAGUUUGACAAUAAACAAAAAGUAUAUAUGCGUGUUUGUGUGUCAAAUACGUGGUAGUGUGUGUACUGUUUUUUUUUUAUUGAUUUAAUGUAUUACAUACAUAAUUUUUAAAAAAUAUUAUCAUUUUGCACUCCUCUAUAUUUUAUAUAUGUGUGGAAAAUUUCAUACUCCUCCGUCCGCGCAAUUUUCGUAAAAAGUUUUUUCUUCACGUAUUAAUAUAUGGAUUACACAUGAUAUAGUAUUAAAACUAUGUAUACUGACUGAAAAAAUAUUCUUUACAAUUAAAUUCAAUUAUUUAUCGCAAAUACUAUUAACGAUUAAUUGUAGUUUUAGAUGAUGCGGUGACGGGCUGACGUUUGUUUUAAGUGAUUACGGGAGUCCAUAGACAUCAACCUUGACAUACCGGAAGCAUAAUAGCGGCCAGAGUAUUACCCACAAAUAAACUUUGAUUAUAAGU